AUGGCAAGAACCACUACCCACGCUUGGCACUUCUUCUCAUUGUCCCUACUCGUUACGCCUAUCAGUCAGUCGGCAAUGGAUCCUUUUGAAGUGAGAAUGCAAUUCCUUGGUCUUCUGCGCAGGCUUAACGCUUCGCAGCAAUCCAUACAAAAGGUUGUAAGUUUCGCAAUCAAAUUCUUCCCGCCCUGCGGGGAGGAUCUUUGGGACUGUGUAGUAGAGGAAUGUCAGAAGGGAUCAAUAAAUUCAAGAAUAAAUAUCUUGUACUUUCUUGAUUCUCUGUGCGAGACUUGUUUGUUGGUCAAAUCGCAUGCGAGCACGAUAGGAUACGACCAGCAGCACAAAUCUUCAAGUAGCAAUCGCUACGUUGAUUUCGUUCAACGAGACCUCAGUAAAAUAGUGGAAUAUGUCGUGCCGGAAGGAAGGCAGGGUCUACCAAAUUUGUCGAGUACUAAACAGGUGCUUGAAAGCUGGCGGUCCAAACGUGUCAUAGAUCCUCAAGUCAUCGACAAUAUCAUGGAUCAACUGGAUACCCGUAGAUUCGAGUCAUCUCCUGUUGUUGCCGAAGCGUCGACAUCUACCUCGAGUCGAUCAACUACUACUCACCUCCCCCGCGGAGAGAUAUUCAAACGGAUUGAGGAGGAUCGCGAACGACACAAGCGACUGAGGGAACGACGAUGGGUACAACCGAUCUCUUUCACCCCCUUGGCCCUAGCAUCAUUUCUACCUCUGGACGAGCCGGAAGCAACCAGUUCUGAUAAAAAUGGGCCACUCCCCAUCGACGUGGAGUUCGAGAACGAUUGGGAAACGACAAGCGAUUGGAAUGAGGACGACGACGAAGCCGCAAUGGAAGAAAACGAUCUCUGCUUCCCCCCUGAAGGCGAAGUUGCCAUGGAUUUGUCGUAA